UUUACAUUGCUUCUGGAGAGUCAGAUAAUUUUUAGGGUUAACAAAAAAUUUAUUUUCAAUCACCUUUAUACGUCUUCUACAUAUCUAUUUUAGUUCAAAACACGGACAUUAUUAUUGUGGGUAAGUUAAUAAAUUUGUUUAUGUUUUUCGUCUUUAGGUUAUUUCAACACAUGAAAAGUUAUUAAUCUUAAGAUUAAAAAACUCCGGAGCCAUGCCGGAUCUAUUUAAUCUCAAAAUGUUUUUCCGAAAUGGAAAACUUGCCGAAACGGCGGCGACCGUAAUAGGUCGAAAUAAUGUGGGACGAAAAAAGAAUGAAAUCUGCAAAUUGUCAUGCGAUUCUGGCUGCAUUUAAAAUGAAUUACAUCGAUUUCUGUUUCAAAUCAUAUUUACAUUUCCAUCAUGAUGGAAGCAUGCCGAAACGGCCAUCCAAAAACGGAUGAUUUACUUUUCAACUGGAAAAUUAUAUUACGAACAUAUUUCGUACCAGUGGACGAAAAUUAUGAGCUUUUUGUUACGAAACGUUAUUUUGCGACAAUGAACGAAAUUAUGACAAUGCAUUCGCUUUCCCGAUUUUAAAUUGAUGGGUAAACUGUUUUCCCUUUCAGAAUACUAUUAGAAUACUAAUUAGUCAUGGCUAGCUUGGGCGGAAGUACGUCACUGUCCGCGGAAAAGGUCGGAGAGGCUCAAAAGGGGGAAGAGCAAUUUGCUAACUUUAUAGGCAAAGGGGAGAAACUCCUGCUGUCCCUGACGAAAACGGUUCAAACCAUCAACAAAAAAUCGGCAGAAAUGACCGAUAUGCAAAAAUGCGUUGAACUCUUACAAGAAGAGGUUAAUACACUUAAGCGGAAGAGAAAUGAAACGAGUGAAGAGUCAGAUCGUCAGGAGAAAAGAACAAAACAGUCUGACACCAACGUUCUCUCCGAGCCUGAGGAGGAAGAUGAGGACAAAACGGAAAAAGAAAUAGGAGUUGAUGGAAUUGAUGCAAUAGACUCUUUCAUCAACAACAACUCGGACAUAUCUGAUGAUGAAGAAGAUUUCAUUCAACACCUUGGGGAAUUUUUUCAAGAAAAGUCAGCCACGGGGGAAAAGACCUCCGAUACAUUGGCUCAGGCGGUCAAUGAUGGAUUGCGGGCUGCAGUAAAUCCUGAGAAAUUGAAGGAUCUUCAGACGAAGUAUUUGCGGCCAAAUAAUAUAGAAAACCUUCAAGUACCUGCAGUGGACAACAUUUUGUGGCGACAACUUAGAAGGGAAACAAGGGCAAUGGAUGUACAACUACAAAGGGAGACAACUCACCUUAGUUCAGCCCUGGUCCCAAUCAUAAGGGCCCUAGACGCAUUUAAGAAGAACGACAAGCAUAAUCUUCAACAGGCAAAAGAGCACGUUGGGGAUGCGUUCAAAAUGAUCUGUUUGUUUAUCAACACCACUUCACAAACAAGGAAGGAAAAAAUAAAAAAGGAAUUACUGCCCAAAUACAGAAACAUUUGUGAUUCUUCUAAAACCACCUCAACAAAACUAUUUGGAGAUGAUUUGAAAGAGGAAAUAAAGCAAAGAAACGACAAUGAAACAACGCUUACGGUACAUAACAACCCUAGCAGACAUCAGACCGGUCAUUUUUUAGAAAGGAGGGGGGUAGGUCAAACACAGUUCCGCAAGCACACAGGGCCCCCCUUCAAGCAAAUGAGCAACAGAACAAACAGACAAAGCUACAAAAAAGGCCCAGCUCACAAGAAUCCAGGAUUCCGAAAAUAACUCUUACUGUCCAAGGUGCUUCAGAAAAUAGAAAUAAACGGAACAGAAGCGGUAAUAGUUGCGCCAGUGUGGACCACACAGGUCUGGUGGCCAUCUCUUCUACGUCUGAUCAGCGGACCAUGUUACAUCCUUCCAUCUCCGC